AUGGCCGAGGAACAGAAGCCCGUUGUCGAGCUCCCCAAGGAGGAGACCGCUCCCGCCCCUGCUAUUGAAACCGCCGAGGCUGCUCCCGCUGCUGUUGUCGAGGAUAAGCCCGCCGAAGAAACUAAGCCCGCCGAAGAGACGGGGGUCAAGACGGACGACAAGCCUGCCGAGGAGGUGAAGCCUGUUGAGGAAGGACACCUGGGACACAAGGCUCAGGGUGCCAGCUUCCCGAAAAACCUUAUUCCGACCAAGGAGUUUUUCUUUUUCGGGUCUGACUCUUUCGAGCCCAAGGCCCUGUCUUCCUAUUUGAAGGGCGAGAAGAACAUCGAGCACGCUCACCACAACAUUUCUUGGGCUUCCCACACUGGUAAAGGUCUCUUGUUCAUUGGUGAUAAGAAGGCGCCAUCUAAUAUCAUCAAUUUGGCUGACACCACUGAACCUGAAACUGAUGGCUCCAACAAAUUCCACUUCACCCACAAGGGCAAUAAGCACAGCUUCAAGGCUGUCACUACAGCCGAGCGUGACAAUUGGGUUGCCCAACUCAAAGCCAAGAUCGCCGAGGCCAAGGAGCUGGUUGCUUCUGUAACCGAAUCUGAGGUUUACAAGAAUGCGCUUGAGAGCUUCAAGCCAAAGGCCGCUGCUCCCAAGGAGGAGAAGCCCGAGGAGGGAGCCAAGGCCGAGGAAGCCGCAAAGCCCGAAGAAGCUUCCCCCGCUGAGGGUGAAGCUGUCGCCGCCACCGAGGACAAGCCUGCCGAAGAGCCCAAGCGUCGCUCUGCUAGCCGCAAGCGCGCUUCCAUCUUUGGAUUCGGGAAGAAGGAAUCUACAAAGGAGAAGAAGGAAGAGUCAAAGGCUGAAGAGGUCGUUACCCCUGAGGCCGCUGGGGCCGCCGUUGAGGCCGAUGCUCCCAAGACAGAAGAAACCCCAGCUGUUGAGGGCGAGGCCGCCGGUGCUACAGAAGAAAAGCCAGCUAUUUCUAAACGCAACAGUAUCUUUGGCAACGUCUUCGGAAAGAAAGAAAAGAAGGUCGCCGAUAAGCCUGCUGAGAGUGCUGUUCAACAAGACAACGAGCCUGCCGCUGAUACUGCCGCUCCAGUGAUUCCUCCUGUGGCAUCUAAUGCUCCUCUUUUCCAAGAGUCUAACGCCGCAGUCGAAAACACAGAGGCUGCCGCUACCAACGGUGCCGAAACUGCCAAGAAGGAUUUCAAGGAGAAGCGAAAGUCUUCUCUUCCUUUCAACUUUGGCAAGCGUGAAAAGUCUCCUUCGCCUGCCGAGGGUGAGGAAAAGGCCGAAAAGAGCGGCAUCAGUGCUUUCUCCAAGCUCCGCGCCACCAUCAAGGGCAAGUCUGGUGCAAAGACUGAGGAGAAGCCUGCUGAGGAGGCGGUCAAGGAAGAGGCCACUACUGCUGAGGCUGCGGCUACCACUGAAGAGCCCGUCGCCACCUCCGCUGCUGAGCCCGCCAAGGCUGGUGAGCCCGAAGCUGAGAGUAAACCUGAGAAUGUCGCCACUGCCACCCCCGCUGUCACUGCUGCUGCCUAG